AUGAUGAACGUUCUUCGAUCUAUGUUCGGGGUAUGCAGCAGUUCUGCUGAGAAGGGUGAAGUACAUGACACUAUACGAAGGGUAUUUGGCAAUGACCUUGUGAUGAAGGACAACACUGAUAAACAUAAUCAGCGAACUAAAUAUGUAAGUCACGUACGUGAUAAUCUAUCCAAAAUGCUUGACGCGAAAGUAACGAGUCACAAGACGAAAUCUACAAAGAAACAUCCCGUUGUCACACCGGCAGAGAAUACAGAAUCCACAGACGACAGACCAGGUAGAAUCGGACCUAAGCUAGUUGUAUUCGAUGCCUCAACAGGUACAGGAAGAUUAGUUCUGGUAGGAGAUGAGCGAGUUAGUGUGCAGGGUCUCUCAAGCUUCGCGACGAUACGAGCUACAGCUUGCGUUUAUUCAGGCAAGUGGAUGUACGAGGUGCAGCUUGGAACUAAGGGUAUUAUGCAGGUCGGCUGGUGUACAGCAACUUGUACUUUCUCAAUGGACACAGGAGUUGGUGAUACAGCACACUCAUAUGCUUAUGAUGGAGGCAGGGUUAGGAAGUGGAAUGUCGCCACCUCACAAUACGGGCAGGCCUGGCUGCCAGGUGACGUGAUCGCCUCUUGUAUAGACCUGGAUAAAGGGACCUUGGAGUUCUACAGAAAUGGCGUAUCUCUGGGCAUGGCAUUUAACAAAGUAACUCGUGGAUCGGGCUUGGCGUAUUUCCCUGCAGUGUCUUUGGCUAUGCAGGAACAUCUUUACGCAAAUUUCGGACACGUGCCUUUUAUUUUUCCGGUAGAGGGAUUUGCUCCGCUACAAGCGCCCCCUACAAAGGACUGCGCACGCGCAAGCAUCUUAUUCAAAUCACUUGAAGCUUUGCUUGAUGAAUUGAGCAAACUUUCCGAUCUCAAGACCUCUGUAUCUGCGAAAAGUAGCAAGGCUAAAUCGAUUUCAUCCAAGGCUGAAGAGGAAGUAGCUCUCCGUAUCCACAGUUCGAGUUCCGUGUAUAGUCCAAGAGCUUCACCACACAGCAUGGUUGUGGCACAGAGCGCUGAGAUGAAGAAAAUGUCCAAAAAGGCAUUUCUGAUGUCUCUCGCGCGUUUGGUAGUAUCAGAGCUUGGAACAGUUCUUCGGGUAUCAUACGUAGUAGUCUCUGAACUACUUCCCAGAUUUAGGGGAUCUCUGGGCUUGAAGUCAAAAGUCAUGCACCCGGAGCCUAGUGCUGUGGAGUUCUAUCAGAAAGCUAAAGAGGAGAAAUUUAAUGGAUUGGCACGAAAAUUUCUCAGUCAACCUCAGCCACGACUCUGUUUACUUCUAGAUCUUCUGUGGACUUUUCUAGAAGAAGCUGCUCUUUGUGAUGUGCUGGAACAUUGCGUUGUUAGGGAAUGCUUGAUGUAUGAUUUAGUAUCACCGGAUAUGAACUUCACACAACAAAUAGAAGGGAUUUAUGUGCUAUGCGGCCUGAUGCAGCACAGAGACACGAGGCAUUAUUUAGUGAAAUAUGUAUUUUUUAAUAAGAUCUCGUUUGAUAAUUUCCUUAACAUCAAAUGUCCGGACGAGAGUGUACUCCGCUCCGUGAUUCGUAAGCCCUGGUGGCAGAGACCAACUUCUGUAGAGGGAGAAACAGAUCCUAGGAUUGCUGAAAUGGCAGAAAAAGGGACCAUAAUGUCUUCUAAACUAGGACCGACUGAGACAGAGAAAAUAUCAAAAGUACUGCCUCCUCCACAAUCUGAUGCUACUAUAGAAGCUCAGUACAAAGAAGAUUGUGAAAAAAUAACUAAAGCUAUUAUGCCGUUAGAGAAAAUUCAGAUGGAGUUUCUUCUGAUGCUACUCGACAACACAGAUGGAACCAACAUGGUGCCUUCAACCAGGAAAAUAUUUUUAGAGAAAUUCAGGAGGUACAUCAUGGAUAAUUGUAUAUUAGAUAUGAGACUGUUCAACGUGUCUCGUAAUACUCCCGCCAUAUCCUGGUGCUGCCACGCUAGACUCCUCUCAGCAGUCUUGAAACUAUGGAAUGAAAAUCCACUUGGAAUAACACAUGCACAUCCACAUUUGCCUGCCAGGACGUUCAUAGAUGGUGAACUGGAUUUCUAUAAUGUCGAUAGACUGGGUGGAGUUCUACCUUUUCUGGUCAGGACUUUACGACAAGAUCUCAUCUCCGUCCUUGGCGAAGACAAUCCUUUUAUUCAGAGCUUCGAACCAAACUACAAUAGAGCUGGUGGUAUUGAUACAGGUGUAAGCGAGAUGGCAGCUGGUUCACCAGGUCUGGCUACACUGCCUCAAGUUAUAUCAUCCAUAGCCAGAUUCAUGCACCCGCAGAUGACGCCGCUCACAAAUAGAACCGCUGGUGAAACAGCUCUCGCUUUGAAGGGAACUCGUUCUAUGAUGCCGGGUGCAGGUUCUAUCGACCCGAGGAACGCGUAUUUAAGACUUCUGGAUGGUCUACUAGCAUUAUACCAUGGAGCUGCUAUUAAGCAUUCAGAGAAGUUGUGUGAACUUCGUGAUAAUCAGCUCGACAUGGCGGACUGUCUUCACGAUAUUGAACAGAGGAUGGCUAUAGUCACGAAUGAAUUACAGGCUGUUGGAGGUGCAAAUGGAGAAUUAACAGAGCAGGAUAAAAUGAGAAGACAAUUAACGGAAAAUAUAUUAAAUGAAUUAAGGAGAUCGAAAGCUGUUUAUGAGGAAAAACUAAACACCAGUGCGCUACAAAUGGGCUGGGUGAUUGGCGCGAUAUGGACCAAGCAACGACAGUCGGAGCUGGCUAAGCAUUUUGCUGGCGCUCUUCACUCCCUUAGGAUUGCUUCUGACCCAGAGUACGCUGCACAUGCACGAACGACAAGCAAAGAAAUUUUACCCGGUAAAAGUUCAAUAUUGGGCGGCCAAAGUUACGCUUCCUUACAAUUGGAAUACACAUCCAGCUCGGAUCAAAGUCCAACAUCUCGUGCUGCAAGUCCUCGAGUCGGUUCUAACACACAAAUUGAAUCAAACGCCCCCACCGCACCAGAAUUCACUGAGUCCUUAUUCGCAUUUAUACCCGAAUACCAUGUAGAUGCUAUGUUGGAGCUCUGUAAUACUCUGCGUCUAUACAUGCAUCCAACAGUACCGGUGCAAAAUAUUCCAGAGUGGGAGGAGCUAGUAGUGUCAUGUGCGUCCUUCCUAUGCACCGAGUUCGCUGACCCAAGAAUAGUUCUGGCCAGCUCUAGAGAGUCUCUGGUACAGACCCUCGCGUCGUUUGCCACGCAGCCAGCAACUAUGAGGGCUAUUGAGAGAGUACCAUUGAAACAACAGAUGUGCAUGGUUGAAGAACUGGUGCGUCCUUACCAGAAUCGAGCGUGGGCUCAGUCUAACUGGGUGUUAGUCAGAUUUUGGCACGGUUCAGGAUUUGGUUUCCGACACAGACAAUGGCCUCAUCUUGCUGCGAGAUAUGGUGACAGAGAACCGACAGUUAAUAACUUAGGAGCCAAAGUGGACGCCGGUCUUAUGAGCCAGUGCUUUGGUCCGUGUCCUUCGGAAGUGAUUCAAGGUCGUGUUCGUGAAUACCUAGAAAGCCAUCCUAAAGAAGCAGCACUAUUUCUCAAUUCACUACUCAGUCAGCUAAACUGGGCGUUUUCAGAGUUCUUCACUAUGAUGCAGGAGAUGGACAGAGUCCAAAUUGAUUCUCAUCUGGAGCCGCGUCAGAUAAAGCUAUGCGCAACCUGUUUCGAUCUUUAUCACGGCCUGGCGAGAGCUCUAGAGAUGACACUAGCUUUAGCCCCGGAAUUGCUUACGAAACCAGAGGCGAGCGAAAAUCAAAAUGAACUACUAUUGGGAAGGACUUGCCAGAUCCUGAUGGCUGUUGUGUCUCGUGUGUGCGUCCGUGAAGGUGGUGGCGCGGGUUUCAAUAGACUGGUUGCUCGAGGGUUGCCGGACACAGACAGGGUCCAUUAUUAUGUAGCGCUAGCACCGGUUGCUGGUUGCUUAAUAAGAAUGCUAGACCCGAAGUUGCCAGAAGUGCAUCUAAACAAAGUUACGAAUUCCCUCGUGUCUGAACCGCUGUUCAGAUUGGACGGAUUGCUGUUUAUGUUGGAGCAAGAUAAGAGCAAACAUUUCAGCUUCUACAAAUAUCCGGAAGAUGUGUCGCUAGAGGAACUCAAGUGUCUAGAGGAGAUUGUAGAUCGUGUCCGUAAAGCUCGCGAGACACUAGCCCGGACUAAAUCGCCCGGGUCAAGCGGGACACAGUCGGAUUUACUAUGUACGAUAUGCUAUGCACGACCGGCUGACACCGCGUUUAUGCCAUGCGGACACCAUUCGUGCAGAGCUUGCAUAAUGCAGCACCUUCUCAACAGUAAGCAAUGCUUCUUUUGUAAAGCCGACAUAGAAUCUGUCAAAGAAAUAGAACCAGCGAAUAAUUGA